CGUCAUCUUCACAAUGGCGGAGGCUGGCUGAGGAGAGGACUGUGUGUCCAUAUGAUAGUCAAGUAGCGCCGCAAUCUUCGCACCAUUACCGCCCGUGUUACGUGCACGGUGUCCGAAAAUGGCCCUGAACCCCAGCGUAGCGGGGAAGAGGGACCAGGAAUGCACCGGGACGGGCGAUAUCCACCGGGAGACUGGUGAAUCGCACAAGAGUUCCACCGCCACCUCGUCCACAGCCAACCAAAAUGGCGGUCAGCCUGGAUGUGGAGACGGUGUAAUGCCCGAAACAGAGGCUUCCGAGCGGCGAAGGAGUGUCCAGGCGGACGCCCGGAGCUUCAACAGUUCCCCUUUACAGAACCAGCGGCGAAGCGAGGAGCUCCCGCGGAUACCGAGGAAGAUUAGACAACGGAAAGGCCUGUACCAGUUUCUGCCACCUGACAGUCGGGAGUUUGAUGACUUAGUGAAGAUUGUUUCUUCAUUUUACUUGGAUUCGUCGUCCCGAGGAACCUUCUCAUAUUCUAAAGCCAGACUCAUUUACAAUGAGCUCCUGGAGAAAGAGUUCAUUGAAAAGCGGCGAGAGAUGAAGCAAGAAGGGCGGACUGAUCAAGAACUGGCUGAGUCGUACUGCUUCCUCUAUCCAGACAAAUCUAAACUCCAGUGGAUCUGCGAGAAGGGUUUGUCGGUUGGGCACUCCAGGAUAAUGACAGUGGGAAACCCGUCAGUGGGAGUCUAUCUCUCAAAGUUCUCUGAUUUAUUACAAAUCAAUCCUUUUGAAGUGGGGUCGUCUGGAGAUAUGAUUGUUUUUAAAGUUAUGAGGGGAAAGAUAAAGCACAUCCACGAGAACAUGCCUAAGAAUGCAAAAGAACCCACACCCAAAUUUGACUGUCAUAUCUCCAAAAGUGCCAAUAGGGUCACGUCCCUGCUGUCCUAUCGGGCUUUUGAGCUCACACAGCAAUAUUUUUUUGAGUUUGCCUUCGACGAGAUCAAAGCAAGGCCUCGGCACCUUUGUCCCUAUGCUGUCCUCUCCUUUCAUUACAAGGGCAAAGACUCGGCGACAUCGUCCUUAUCCUCAUACAGGUUUAACACAGUUUCUUCUGCAGGAGGGAAAGGGAAGAGUUACAACGUGUGGAGCGGUCCACUUGUAAACAAAGGCCAGGACUUGUUUCCAAUCUGUUUACGAUCCUCCUCCCGACCUUACCUGCCUUUCAAGUUGCCUGAGAAGUUGGAGUUUGAACGAGGGAUGCAGCUGGAUCAGGUGAAGAGAAAGAUUCCUUCCAUCCUCUUCUCAUCAAACACCUACAUGGGAUCAAGAGAAGUGAUGAAGUACGGGAUGUCCUGCAGCCUUUUUGAUAUAGUCGAGGGGAAAGGCAAACCCACGAGUGGCACAAUAGCAGCACUCAUUAACAAGUUGGAGCGGGACAGAAUGGUGCUGGUGAAAACAUUAUUUGAUCGCGGAUUCCUCUUCAUACUCUCUUCAAGUCAGAUGUCUGAGUCCAAAGAGUGGAGGGGGCGGCCUGAGAAGCACCUUCAAGCGCUCUUCAUUUUUCAGGAGUCGAGAAUGGUCAUCAACCACUCUUCCAGACGACUGGAACAAGGUGACCGGAGAGUGGAGCAGCAGCCGGUUAACUUCUCCUCCAUGCAACCCCUCGUCCCUGCUCUGCAUUAUGCCUUUUUCAAGUUAAGAUCCAAUCCAAGCAAGGACGUUGGCGCUGGAGUGGAGCGCCAGGCUACUGACUAUUUAACUCGCAUUGACUCAGGAACAUUGCGACCGUUCAUUUUGCCCCAUUACAAAAACAAUGCAGACGAUCGAGCCAACUUGAAUCUUGGACCCAAGCCCAAAUAUAACAUGGAAUCCAUUCUGCGAACUUAUGUGCACAAUCCUGCCAACUACACUUUAAAUGUUGACAAAAUGAAGGAGGUUGUUGAACGGUUGAGGACUCCUGCACCUGCCCCUCCACCAACACCAGUCCCAGUCCCUAUCCCUUCCCCGGCACCUGCAGAGGCCCCAGUCCCAGUCCCUGCCCCGGCUCCUCUUCUACCUGCAGCCCAAGCACCGGUAGAAUAUAGUCCCGUCUCCGAUUGGGGGGGCUCCGACAGGAGCUCGGACCGGGCUGAGAGAGGCCCGGAACGGUUAUCUCAAGAGAAGCCACCAGUCGAGAGCAGCAGCCAGAAGCAAAGUCAAGCUCAGUCAAACGGAGCCCAACCGCAGCAGAAGCCCCUGGUCGACUACCAGUCUCAGUCCCAGAAGUGUCUGUUAUCGCAGAACGAGUACGAUAAGGACAAAGUAAGCCAGUUACUGAAACUGAUUCAGUCUCGAAAGAAAGCGCUGGUGAAGGAACCCAGCAGUGAAAGGGUGGAAGACGGAACCUGGGAAAGCAGCAGUGUGAAGAGAAAGUUUGAGGGAAACGAAAGUGGAGUCGUGAACAAGCACCAACGCACUGAGCCACUGAGAAAUGGUGAAUCCAGUAGAGAUGCACGGGACGGGAUCCAAGAGGAAGGUGGGCAGAGUGACAAUCUAACCGCAGUGAUGGAGAGCAUGGGCAUCUACGACACAGAUUUAAGGAACUGUGGGAACAGCUCUUCCUCCACUGAAAAUGAUACCCAGCGCCUUUGGAACGUUCUAAUAUCAACCCUCACCAAAGCCAUGAAUCAGGGAGCAGCUCGAGCUCAGCAGAAUCUCGGGGAAACGUCUCAAGAAAGAGUAGAGCCCAAGCAGUCUGAAGCUGAUCAACAGAAUGAGCCACCUUCGCAAGCAAACUACACUCAGGAGGACAUGGACUGUAGUCCUGGAAGUCCGUUCACUGCCGACACACCUCCAAACAGAACUGACACCUCAAAUAACACAAUAUGGGUCACAAAAGAAGAACACCCGCAGCCUCUCGACGAGAAGCCACAGCGCGUGUCUGACAGCGUGACAGUGGCUCAAUCCGUAAGUGCGCCAGAGCCAAAGAACCUUGCACUCAGCGAAGAAAGAGCUCCCGCUGCACAGGCAAUUUUCCCCGUCAUGGAGGAGACUCCCUCCAGGCCAACCAUCAGCUUGGACACCAUAAUAAACCAGGAAAUCCGCAGCAUGACUUCAGAUGUUCGGAAAAUCCUGCACAGUCACCGAAUGCCCUACAAUUCUCAGCUACCUCCGCGGUUGCCCAGACACCACUCCUGGCAGCCCAACAGUUACUUCUCAAACUUUAUCGUCCCUUACGUCACUCCAGUCCCUCUCCAGGGGCACGUCAAGGAACUGUGUGACAGAAUGGACAAGUUGAUACAAGUCUCUUCACCUGUAGUUCUCUCAUCAUCGGCAUUAAAUCCUGUAACACCCCCGUCCUCUGGCCAGGCCAUCAAAACUAAGGAGGAGCAAGUCACACCCCAAACUACUGGUCAGCUAGUAAGAAAGACUGAUGACACACCGUUGGAAACGGUGAAAGAAGUAUACUCGCCUUCUCUCACCACCUCAGCGUCCCCAGAGAACGGCUCUCAUAAUCCGGAUCAUGCUCCCGGUCUUCUAUCAAACAGUCUCAUCAGUCAGCUGAAGCCCGAGGUUUUCAGCAGUCUGGUGGAGAUCUUCAAGGACGUCACCAAGAACACGGUCAAAUUCUUCAUCUACUCUGGAGAAGAGGCUGACGAAAGGAGCAUCUUCCGGGAGAUCAAGGAGUACUUGAAGAGUCUUGGCAACAGUGAGUGCAGCCCACAGACCUUUCUGGAAAACAGUGGCAGUUUAGAUAAACUGCUUAUCAUCAUCCAAAAUGAGGACAUAGCUGCACAUGUGCACAAGAUCCCGGCGUUGGUGUCUUUGAAGAAGCUGCCUGCCGUCAGUUUUGCCGGCGUGGACUCGCUGGAUGACGUGAAGAACCACACGUACAAUGAGUUGUUUGUCAGCGGCGGCUUCAUCGUGUCGGACGAGUUCCUCCUCAAUCCUGACCUCAUCACACAAGAACACCUGCAGAGUCUGCUGAAGUUCUUGGAGGAGCAGAGUACACCCGAACAUCCGUGGCAGUGGAAGGUACACUGUAAAUCCCAGAAGAAACUCAAAGAACUCGCAAGGCUGAACAGCAAUGCCAUGGGUCUGCUCAACCUUCUGACCACGUAUCAGAAGAAACAUCUCGUGGAGUUCCUUCCUUAUCACGAGUGCGACACACCCUCGAGGCAGGCUCCGGAUCUGGAGUGCCUGAUCAAGCUCCAAGCUCAGCACACGCAGCAGCGCCACCUCAUUUUCCUCACAGAGAGACCAUUUGAGAUGUUCCUUCAGUACUCUCGAAAUGGAAUCGUAAUUGCCAGCAUCGAUGACAUCCUGACCGGUUUCCAUAGCCUGAUCGGAUCCAUCAGUCAAAGUGAGCUUCCCACGCCGCCCUCUACUGUAGUGAACGACGAGUGUGUAGGAGAGGAGGACAUGUCAUUAGACUCUGAUGACGGUGAGGCGCCCACGGCGUUGGACAAGGUUCCUGACGACAAAAAGCUUUCACAGCCACCCCCCGAAGACUCGCACCCCGCCCCCAUGGAACUGCAGAGGACUCCCGAGGCCACCACGGACUACAGCACACUCAAGAGUGCCAUCUCAAACUUCAAGGCCUCCAACCAGAUCGGAUCUUCAGACCUUGGCAGCAUGUCUCCGGGGGGUUUUCACGUGAACCCGCACCAGAGCUUCCUCUGUCCUUCGGGGUCUUGGAUGUCCUUUACUGGCUCAUCCAGCUACACCGCCUCCCCAGCCUACCCAGGCUCACCGUGCAGCAGCAGCACCCAGGAUCAAGAGAGCCGCCCCGCCACCACCACAACCACCACCGCAGCCGCACCGUCCCCACCCGUCACCACGCAAGUUCUCCCCAUCCCUUGUACCCUCCCUCUGGAAGUGAAGCCCCCACCGCCGCCGCCCCAUAUCCUGCUAAUGGGGCACACGUACAGCUCAGAAGUUACAAGUGUUGCCGGGACCUCUUCAAACACUGACCAGUCAAACUGCUUGACCGGUGUGGAUUCUAGUGCAAAGACACAAGUGGACUCAACUCCAUGUGGACCUGGAGAUGCCAUGUGGGGUACUGCAGGGCUAGUACCUUCAAGCAACUUGUUGGCUGGCCCCUCAAACACAAUAGACUCUAGUGGACUUCCUAACAGUGGGGAAGCCGUCGGGAGCAGCGCUGCUACUGGACCGGUUGUCAGGACUCAGGUGAAUUCCCAUCCUGCGGUACCCAGCAGAGGGGGCUCUACCAGACCUCUGUUACCUCCCCCUCCACUAAUGUGUGGGGUGGGUUAUGGACAAAUGAAUCAUGGACCACCGCAUGGUUCUUUUCGGGGCUACCAACAGAGAGGACCCCCACCUGUGAGACCCUGGCCUCGGCCAGGACGCGGACAUGACAGGAUAGUCAGGACUGGGGGACCCAACGCUUGGGGCUACCAAGGAGGAAGGGGUGGGCAGGGCUACUAUUCAGACUACAACUAUUCACACAAUUAUGCUCCAGACUAGACAAUCAUGGACCAGAAAGCAUUGGCUGGUUGAAUGUAUAUAAAUAAAUACUGUCAUAAAUAAUUUGAAUUCCUAAUUUAGGAUCCCUUUUUUUUUUUUUACAUUUGCGAAACCUGAUUCGGGCUGUGCCGAGUGUAAGUGCACUCUCUGUCCUUUAAGACCCUGAUCGAACCACUAUAUUUAUAUUUGCCCGGCAAGCCAACGGCCUUCCAGCCUAUCCAAAACCAUCCACCAUCUAAGUUUGUCCUGUUUUCAAAGCGGUUAUUGAACAAGGGGGUAGGGGAUGGGUGAUAUUUUUUUAAGGAAAAAAAAUCAUGAAUGAAUUUCACUGUUGCAGUUGGGUUUUCUUUUUUUUAUUUGACCAUAUUUGGUUGUUUAAAAAAAGUUCUAUGAAAAUAAAACAUUUCAAAUAUUGUUUGUGUGACAGGGUUUGAUGACGGUGUCAAGCAAACAUUAAAGAUGUU